CGAAACUGAUCUGUGAAUGCUCUCCCUCACUGCAUGAAAAUGGCAGAGGCCAGUAUUUUCGUAGAUGAGGACCAGUUCAUCUGUCCAAUCUGUCUGGAUCUCCUUGAUGAUCCGGUGACGAUCCACUGUGGCCACUGCUACUGUAAUGUGUGUAUUAAUGACUGCUGGGAUCAGGAGGAUAAGAGUGGAGUUUAUAGCUGUCCUCAGUGCAGAGACACUUUCACUCCAAGGCCUGUUCUACGCAGAAACAACAUGCUGGCUGAAGUGGUGGAGAAACUCAAAGACAAGAAGGAGAAAAAGAAGAAGAAGAGGAAGAAGAGGAAGAAGAAGACUGAAGUCCAAGCCGCUUCUCCUGCUCACUGUUACGCUGGACCUGGAGAUGUGGAGUGUGAUUUCUGCACUGGGAGGAAACACAAAGCCGUCAAGUCCUGUCUGAUGUGUCUGGCCUCCUUUUGUGAAACUCAUUUAAAACCUCAUCUCGAAAUUCCUCCCUUAAAAAAACACGAGUUAGUUGAAGCUUCUGAAAAUCUAGAAGAGAAGAUCUGCUCUGAGCAUGAUAACGUGCUGGAGAUCUACUGUCGUACUGACCGAAGCUUCAUCUGUCACUGGUGUAUGAUGGAUGAACACAAAAACCAUGACACUGUCUCAGUUAAAGCUUACAGUACUGCAAAAAAGAGUGAGUUAAAGGAAGAGCAGAUGAAAUCCCAGCAGAGAAUCCAGGAGAAGCAGAAGAAGGUGCAGGAGCUGAAACAGGCAGUGAACACUAUAAAGCUGAGUGCACAGACAGCAGUGGAGGACAGUGAGAUGAUCUUUGUUGAGCUGAUCAGCUCCAUGGAGAAAAAGCGCUCGGAGGUGACGGAGCUGAUCAGAGCUCAGGAGAAGACUGAACUGAGUCGAGCUGAACGACUCCUGGAGCAACUGGAGCAGGAGAUUGCUGAUCUUCAGAGGAGACUCACUGAGCUGGAGCAGCUUUCGCACAUACAUGAUCACAUUCAGUUCCUCCAGAGUCUACAGUCUCUCAGUGUCUCUCCUGCUUGGGAGGACUUACCCAUCAUCACUGUCAAUCAACAUCUCUCAUUUGAUAGAAUGAGAAAAUCUCUCUCUCAUCUUAAAAAUAGACUCGAGGAAUUCUUUCAGGAGGAGCUCAUCAAAAUCCCUCAACAUGGUUCCUGGCAGGCACAGAAUGUUCCACCUGUGGGGAACAUGAGAAGGUUACCGGAGACAUCCCAGGAAACCAAGAUGAUAAUGAUGAAGGAGCAGGGGCAAGGGCAGACAGCAGUGGAGGACAUUGGGACGAUCUUUACUGAGCUGAUCAACUCCAUGGAGAAAAAGCGCUCGGAGGUGACGGAGCUGAUCAGAGCUCAGGAGGAGAAGACUGAACUGAGUCGAGCUGAACGUCUCCUGGAGCAACUGGAGCAGGAGAUUGCUGAUCUUCAGAGGAGACUCCCUGAGCUGGAGCAGCUUUCACACACACACGAUCACAUCCAGUUCCUCCAGAGUCUCCAGUCUCUCAGUGUCUCUUCUGGACGUGAGGACUCACCCAGCAUCACUGUCAAUCAACGUCUCCCGGUUGGUGGACUGAGAAAAUCUCUCUCUCAUCCUAAAAAUGUACUCGAGGAAUUCUUUCAGGAGGAGCUCAUCAAAAUCCCUCGACAUGUUGAAGACAUUCAUCAUUUACUAUCAGGACCAAAGAACCGAGAGGAGUUUCUGAAAUAUUCCUGUGAUCUGACUCUGGAUCCCAACACAGUUAAUUAUUACCUCAAACUGUCUAAGAAGAACAGAGUGGUGAAGUGCAGUGAGAUUGAGCAGCCGUACCCUGAUCAUCCAGAGAGAUUUGAUUACUUCUAUCAGGUGUUGAGUAAGGAGAGUGUGUGUGGACGCUGUUACUGGGAGGUGAAGUGGAGCAGUGAGAGAAGUGUGUACAUAUCAGUCUCAUAUAAAGACAUCAGCAGGAAAUGUGAUGGUGAUGAGUGUGUGUUUGGAUGCAACCAUCAAUCCUGGAGUCUGCAGUGUUUUUCUUCUUCUCUUUCUUUCUAUCACAACAAAAUCGAGACUGAUCUCAGAGCUCCAUCAUCCUCCAGAAUAGGAGUGUAUGUGGAUCACAGUGCAGGAACUCUGUCCUUCUACAGCGUCUCUGACACGAUGAAGCUCCUCCACAGAGUCCACACCACAUUCACUCAGCCUCUGUACGCUGGAUUUGGGCUUGACUGGGAUGUUUACUGUGAAUCAGGGGCGACUGUGAAGUUAUGCAAUCUAAAAUAUUAAAGAGUACAUAGUAGUUUAUCACCAGUCAUUUAUAAGAUAAAAAAAAACUGCAUGCAUUUACACUCAACCCAAUGCAGACAGGAAACUAAACUGUAAGGUCUGAAGGCAUUUCCAACGACAUAAAAGAUCUACUGUUAUUUUGGAAAUGUGGUAGCAUGUUGUACAAUAUUACCGUAACAAAUACAUGAGAAUGUAAAACUGAGAAUGUUUAAUGAGGUUUUCUCUAAUUUGAAUCUUUUGUUUGCUUGUUUUAGGUUAAAAUGUAUUGAGUGUAAUUACUUUUUAAUGAAUGGUGUUAUAUUUCGACACUGCAUGACUAAUCUACUCAAUAUGUCAGAAUUACCUUAAGUCUUCUAAUUCUGCAUGGCAUUUCAUCCACUCUUUCUUGUAUGUCUGAUACGGGAGAUGUUUAAAGGCCCCACAACACACUCUCAGAGUCUGAGCUUGCACUAUGUCUACAGUAUCUGCCUUAUACUGAACUCUGCUGCAGACAUACUGUAUCUGCUAGGCACCCAUCUGUCUAUAGUUUCCUUUAUGAGUGCACAAUAUACGUUUAUUAAUGAGUCUCUAUUGGCUCUCCACAUUUGUCUUGUUAAGCAUCUUAAUAAAUUGUUGUUUUUUUUACACUUA